AUGCCUAGAGACCCUUUAAUUGGAAUUGUCGGAAAGCCUUCAAGUGGGAAAUCUACAACAUUAAACAAUGCUCAAGCAAAAACUGGGGCCUUUCCAUUUACCACCAUUGAUCCCAAUAAGGCAACUGGAUAUUUAAAAGUUGACUGUGCUUGUAGCCGAUUUCCUGAUAAGGUGGGUACCUGUAAGCCAAAUUAUGGUUGGUGUAAAGAUGGAAAACGUUAUGUACCUAUUAUGCUUCUUGAUGUUGCUGGAUUAGUUCCUGGUGCACACGAAGGCCGUGGUCUUGGAAAUAAAUUUCUUGAUGAUUUACGCCACGCAGAUUGUUUAAUACAUGUUGUUGAUGUUUCAGGAACCACAGAUGCUGAAGGAAAGGCUACUAGAGGAUACUCACCUAUAGCAGAUAUUGAAUGUGGCUACGGAAGCACAGCAAAUUUGGUGGCAAGAGCACUUAAAAGAAUCGAACAGCCAAUUGGUCCCUUAGAAGAUUGGACCAUGGACGAUGUAUUUACUGUUGUUAAAGCUUUUGUGGCAGAAAAGUUUCCAACGGUUCUUUCUUUAAACAAGAUUGAUCAUCCUGAUGCGGACAAAAAUAUUUCAAAAAUUUUAAGGAAAUUUCCUAACGCCAAAGUAGUUUUAAGUUCUGCUUUAACUGAGGUGUUUUUACGAAAACUUCAAAAACAGGGAUACAUCAAAUAUGAGCCUGGUACAGAGUUUGUCGACACCUACGAAGAUCUGGGCGCAGGAUGUGGUCUGAAACCUUUAGAUGAAAAGUUAAAAAACCAAAUCGAGCAUAUUAAAGACACUGUUUUAUAUCGAUUUGGAAGUACAGGUGUCAUGGAGACUCUACAAGCGUCGGCCGAAGUUUUAGGACUUAUACCAGUUUUUCCAGUUAAAAACUUUUCAAAGUUAGAUUUUCGUGAAUGCGUUUUGUUGAAAGAAAACACGACUGCUGGUAGUGCCGCACGAAAAAUUAUGGGCGAUGUUCCAAUUUCAGCAAUUGAAACCUAUCCAGGAAUUAAAAUCUCAGAAACCGACGAGAUAACUAGUGGUCAUAAUGAUAUAUUGUCCCCAAUUAACGUUGUUUCUACUUCUCCUGCUCAAGGAAGUUAUGUUGGUUCACCUUCUGGCUCAUUUGGCCGCCGCAGACUUUCAUAUACUGGCACUAGGGAACAAAAGGCUUUGAAACCAUUUUCUACCACUGAUAUCAAGGUUCUUCUUUUGGAGAAUGUUCAUCAAAAUGCGGUUGAGGCUUUUAAGUCUCAAGGUUACCAAGUUGAAUUUUACAAAUCCUCUCUUCCUGAAGACGAGCUUAUUGAAAAAAUUAAGGACGUUCAUGUUGUUGGUAUUCGCUCCAAGACACAACUUAACGAAAAGGUCUUGAAGGCAGCUCAAAAUCUUAUCGUUAUUGGAUGCUUUUGCAUUGGAACCAAUCAAGUUGCUCUUGAUUUUGCUGCUUCUAAAGGUAUCGCUGUUUUUAACUCUCCAUUCUCUAAUUCUCGCUCUGUUGCUGAGCUUGUAAUUGCUGAGAUUAUCACUCUUGCUCGUCAACUUGGUGACCGAUCCAUUGAGAUGCAUGCUGGAACUUGGAACAAGGUUUCUGCAAGAUGCUAUGAAAUCCGUGGAAAAACUCUUGGUAUUGUGGGUUAUGGACAUAUUGGUUCUCAACUUUCUGUUUUAGCUGAAGCUAUGGGUAUGACUGUCAUUUAUUAUGAUGUUAUCACCAUUAUGCCUCUUGGCUCAGCCAAGCAAGUACCCACUCUUGAAGCUCUCUUGCGUCAAGCUGAUUUCGUUACUCUCCAUGUUCCUCAGCUUCCAGAAACUUUCAAAAUGAUUUCAACUGCUCAGUUUGAUGUUAUGAAAGAGGGAUCCUACUUGAUCAAUGCUUCUAGAGGACACGUUGUCGAUAUUCCUGCACUUAUUGCGGCUAAGAAUAGUGGCAAGCUUGCCGGAGCUGCCCUUGAUGUUUAUCCUAAUGAGCCUGCUAAAAAUGGUGUUGGCUUGUUUAAUGAUUCUUUGAAUGAUUGGGCUUCUAGCCUUUGUCAGCUUUCUAAUAUUAUUCUCACACCUCAUAUCGGUGGCAGCACAUCCGAAGCUCAAGCUAGCAUUAGUAUUGAGGUUGGUGAUAAGCUUUCGAGAUAUGUCAAUGAAGGUUCUACUAAUGGCGCUGUUAACUUCCCUGAAGUUUCUUUACGCUCAUCACCUUCGGAUGAUAGCGACAAGGCUCGUGUUCUUUAUGUUCAUCAGAAUGUUCCUGGUGUUCUCAAGACGGUGAAUGAGAUUCUUUCUCAUCAUAAUAUUGAAAAGCAGUAUACUGAAAGUCAUGGUGAAAUUGCAUAUCUCAUGGCUGAUGUUUGCAACGUUAGUGAAUCUGGUAUUAAAGAACUUUAUGAUCAGUUGGAACAGACUCCUUUUAAGAUCACGACAAGAAUUCUUUAUUAA